AUGAGUCAUUGGACUUCUGCACAUCACGCUGGUUAUAGAGAAAGGGACUAUUACGAUCGGGAUGAUUAUUAUAGAGAAAGAAGACCGGCUUAUGAUAGAUAUUCUGGGGGUUAUGAUGAUGGGUACAGCAGAUAUGACGGUUAUGGAUAUCCGGGGUAUAGAAGACCGAGUUAUCCUGAUAGAGGGUAUGAUGAAGGCUAUGGAGGUUACGGACCGGGCGUAGGCAGAGGACCUCAUGACAGCUGCCUUCAAUACACCUCAGCGGAAGAACAACAGCAGUCGAAAGAUACGAUUUUAACCGCAGUUCUAACGCCCAACAAUGGGAAAGAUAAACUAACACGACAAAGUAGAAGUUACUAUGACUACAGAUAUGGUGUACCCAGGCCUUUAUUUGAUAGACUAGACUAUGCUCGACUAGAAUACGAUAGACCACGGUGUGGUAGAUGCGAUGAUAGAUAUGACAGAGGCAGGGAUGACAGAGAUGACGAUUAUGAUCGUAGAGACAGACAUGACGAUGAUCGAAGAGGGAAUAGACCAACACAAGGAAAUAGACAUGAUAACAAAAAGAAUUAUGACCGGGAUAGAGAUACUGAUGAAGACAGAUAUUCUGAUAGAAAAGGAAAAAAUAAUAGUACGGAGGACGACACUGGCGAUAAAAACUCUUACGAUGAUAAGGACAACAAAGCGAGUGGCAGUAGACGUGAAAGCGACCGUGAUAGAGAUCGUGACAGGGACGGUGGAAGAAGAAGAGGAGGAGACAGAGAUAGAGAUAGAUACGAUGACAGAGACCGAUAUAGACCUGACUACUACGAUAGAUUCCUAAGAGAUCCAUAUAGAGAAAGGGACUAUUACGAUCGGGAUGAUUAUUAUAGAGAAAGAAGACCGGCUUAUGAUAGAUAUUCUGGGGGUUAUGAUGAUGGGUACAGCAGAUAUGACGGUUAUGGAUAUCCGGGGUAUAGAAGACCGAGUUAUCCUGAUAGAGGGUAUGAUGAAGGCUAUGGAGGUUACGGACCGGGCGUAGGCAGAGGACCUCAUGACAGUUUCAGGCCCUGGGACGAGACGUAUCGAGGUCAGGCCGGGUGGGAUGAUGGAGGCAGAGGAUACUACUUUGCAUCAGGCCGUCCUAACGCUGCUCCAGCCCCAGUGUGGGGGCGACCUGAGUACUCCAGGCCACAGGAAAACCUAGGUUAUUCAAGCGGAUAUGCAAGCGGAUAUCGAGAUCCAUACUCUGGGUACGGACAAGUCAGCUCAGGUUAUGGACCAAGCGGAUACGGUAGUACAAACGGUGGAAGCGCCGGGGGAUAUGCCCAAAGCGGUUAUGCCCAGGGUAGUGGGGGGUACGGCCAAAAUGUGGGAUAUGGAGGCAGCAGUGCUUAUGGAGGAGGGUAUGGACAGAGUAGUGGAUGGCAAAGUGUUGGAGAACGAAGACCUUAUAGAGAUGAAAGUGGCGUAAAGAACCUGGAGAACAAAGAGAAGUACAACCAAUCUCGUAAUCAAAACAAGUACCAAUCAAGCAACUACGGCCAGAGCUCGUACCCUCAGAGCUACCAAAGCAGCAGCACGACUCCUGGCACCAGCUACCUCUUCGAAAGAGAUGAUGUACAGCCGACUGUUAAACUAGACGACCAGACCACUAACAGGUCUUCCUAG